UCCAAUGCCCUUUUUCGUGCUACAAAACCCAUCAUCACUUCAUCUUCCCUCUCUUCACCAGUAUCACCACACUACUCAAACAACCGUAAACUAACAGCAAGGUAUCCAUCCAACCUUCUCAAUAUAGGGUUUCUCAAUCAUCGUCAAACCCUAUAAUAUUUUCUCCAAAACCCUAGAAAUCGAAACUCUGACCAAUUACAAUGGUGGAUUUUUCUAGAGUACAGAAGGAGCUCCAAGAAUGCAAUAAGGAUGUCAAAAUUUCGGGCAUAAGUGUUAAGCCUAAAGCCGAUUCUCUCUCGCAUCUCAUUGGAACUAUUCCUGGUCCUGUUGAUUCUCCUUAUGAAGGCGGUACCUUCUUAAUCGACAUCGUUUUGCUUGAUGGAUACCCUUUUGAGCCACCCAAGAUGAAAUUCCUGACUAAAGUUUGGCAUCCUAAUAUUAGCAGUCAGAGUGGGGCCAUCUGCCUGGAUAUCUUGAAAGACCAGUGGAGUCCUGCACUUACUCUGAAGACAGCACUUGUCUCUAUACAAGCACUACUUUCUGCACCAGAGCCAGAUGAUCCUCAGGAUGCUGUCGUUGCUCAACAGUACCUUCGAGAUUACCAGACCUUUGUAGGCACUGCCCGUUAUUGGACAGAAGCUUUUGCCAAGACUUCUUCUCAUGGGAUGGAUGAGAAGGUACAGAGGCUAGUUGAAAUGGGCUUUCCUGAAGCAUUGACGAGGAGUACCUUGGAAGUUGUUGGUGGGGAUGAAACUCUUGCCCUUGAAAAGCUUUGCUCAAACUAGAAUCGUCGCAAGUUCCUUUUUGUUGCAGAUUCACUCUCUGAAGGUCUUGAUUAAGCUAAAUUAUGAACUCCAUGUCUAUUACAUAGCUAAUAUGUCUAUUCCAUCAUUAGUCAACUGCUAUCUAAAAUUCUCUUUUUGAUAUUUUGUUGCUAUUGAUGCCGGGCUCCUUCUAAUGCAAAAGGAGUUACAAAUGCUAGUUGUUCAAUAGAGUUUCUUAAAGAAUGAAUGAGAAAGUCUUUUGGCUUCUUUGCA